GGAGGCGGAGGCGGAGGCGACGACGGCAGCAGCAGCAGCGGCCGGGGAGGAGGAAGGGAGAGUCCGAGCCUGCUGCGCCCGCCCCUCCCUCGCUUGGGUGUGUACAAGAGGAGCCAGCAGUAAUCGUCGCCCUGAAGAAGGGGUCGGAUCUGGACCCCUCGAGUUACUUUCCAGGAGCAGCUGUCGGGCCCUCUAGGGAGGCCAGAAAGCGACUCUCUUUAAGGAGCUUUAGGCAGUAAAAAUCUGCCUAUGAGUCCCACAUGCAAUUUGACAACGUAAGGCCAGCUGCUGUUUCUGCUGCUGCCGUCCCGAUUGCUGAGGAGGGAAGCACUCUUCACCUCCACCUGCUGUGGCCGUUUCCAUUACCUACCUGUGGGGCAGUCUUGCCAUGUGGGGCUAGGAGAGCUGCAGCGAUUUUCUGCAGUAUUAAGCAGUAAAUAUGGAGGCUGCUUGCAAAACAGAUGGCGGGGAGCAGAGUCAUCCCAGCAGCGGCGUGGAGGCUCCUGGGGACGCUUCUAUGGACAUUUACUUGCGAUCUCAGGGUUUAUAUAGAAAGCGGGUUGCCAAGGAUGGAUCCUGUCUUUUCAGGGCUGUAGCCGAGCAGGUGUUACACUCACAAUCUCUGCAUAUUGAUGUUCGGAACGCCUGUAUAAAUUAUCUUCGGAAAAACAGAGAAAAAUUUGAAGCAUUUAUAGAGGGGCCAUUUGAAGAGUAUUUAAAAUGUUUGGAAAACCCACAGGAGUGGGUUGGACAAGUGGAAAUAAGUGCCCUUUCUCUUAUGUACAAGAAGGAUUUUAUAAUAUAUCAGGAACCAAAUGCUUCUCCUUCACGUGUAACUGAAAAUGGCUUUCCUGAUAAGAUACUACUGUGUUUUUCAAAUGGAAAUCACUAUGAUAUUGUUUAUCCUAUAGAGUAUACAGAAAGAGCUGCUUUGUGCCAAUCUCUUCUUUAUGAAUUGUUGUAUGAAAAAGUGUUUUGUACUGAUGUGAAUAAAAUCCUAGUGGAACUUGGUGUGACAGAAGAAAAUAAUGGUAGCAGUGAAGUGUCUGAUUCAGAUUCAGAAGACGACAACUGCAAAAGUAAAACUGCUGCAGUUAAUGAUAUGAAUGGAUUAAAGUCUUUUUCUGGCAACAAGCACCUUAGGAACAAUGGAAAUCCUAUCUCAUUUUUGCCUAGAAAAGUUCUUAAAUCACUCAAUCCGUCAUUUUACAGAAAUGUUGAAUAUGAAGUUUGGCUACAGUCAAAAGAGGAUCAGCAAAAACGGGAUUUUUCCAUUGCUGCUGGCAUGCAAUAUUCAAUUGGAGAUAAAUGUAAAGUGCGCUUAGACCACAAUGGGAAAUUUUAUAAUGCCCAUAUCCAAGAGGUUUGCUCUGAGAAUGGGCCAGUUAUUGUUUUUGUAGAAGAGCUUGGAGAAAAGCAUUCUGUUUCACUGAAAAGCCUUAAACCACUUCCACAGGCAUCUCCUAUGGAGGGCUGGAAUACUGUGUCAGGGAAGAAGAUAAAAAAGUUCUCUACAGCAUGUGGGCAAAAUGUUCAGCCUGAAGCAGACUGCAGAGGGCCAAAGAAUCAAAGCAAGCCAAUAAAAACCCAGUCAGUGCUACCUCCUCGACAACAGUAUGCUGUGGGAACCAGACAGCAUCAGUUCUCACAGUCUCAGCAGACAUCUACUGAGCACAAAACUCCAGGCAGGAAUCCCUCCCAGUCUGUAAGUUUUUUGGUCAUCUUCCCCUACAGAAAACCAGACCGGGAGAGAGCUGAAGAUCUAGACUACACUAGCAGAGAUUGUAACUACUUUGGCCUGUCUCCAGAGGAACGCAGAACGAAGCAGGCCAUAGAAGAAUCUCGCUCACUUUAUGAGAUUCAGCAAAGGGAUGAACACGCUUUUCCUGCUCUUUCUAACCAUUUAGUUUGUCAGGCUGCUAUGCAGACCGCUGAUACUUGCGUAAAGAUCCGAGCUGUUACUGAGAAAAGAAACAGCAGGUGGAAGGCAAAUGUGGAAGAGCGAAAGGAUAAAGAUUCAAAUUCCAGGCAGGUCCACUUCAGUCAGAAGUUUGAGUCAAAUUCAUCUGAGAAGAAUGGUGGAGAUGACAAGUAUCCAAAAGCUUCAUCUCCUUUGAAACAAGGAAAGACACAAUCUCAAUCUCCUGCUGAACAAAAACUGACAGCAUGCUUACCAUGUGUAAAUCCAACUCCCGCUCCUGCCUUCUCUGAGGUGCAUUUGCCUCCUACAGUGCCUUCUAUUCCAGCCAUUGUGCCAGCUUGGCAAAAUGAGCCAACUUAUCGACCAACAGGUAUUCCAACCCAAAUACCUGUUUCUUCAUUGAUGCCGGCCCCAACAACUGGACCUGAUUCUGUUGUAUCCCAGGCAACAUCUGCUCCAGUUGCCGGAGUUCCUGUGUCAAUACAAGCAGUUAACCAGCCUUUGAUGCCUUUGCCUCAGACACUGAAUCCUUAUCAGGACCCAUUGUUCCCUGGAUUCCCUUUUAAUGAAAAGGGGGAGAGAGCCAUUGCACCACCUUAUUCCCUGUGUAAUACUGGGGAUGAUCUACCUAAAGAUAAAAGUAUUCUUCGAUUUUUCUUUAAUCUUGGUGUGAAGGCAUACAGCUGUCCCAUGUGGGCACCACAUUCUUAUUUGUACCCUCUGCAUCAGGCUUAUGUAGCUUCUUGUAGAAUGUACCCAAAAAUUUCAGUUCCUGUGUAUCCUCACAACCCUUGGUUCCAAGAGGCGCCACCAACUCAGAAUGAAGAUGAAAUGGCACAAACAAACAGACACUUUCCUAUGCAGAAUGAGGCCAGAUCCGAUGAUCAGAGUCUGCAAGUUGACACUAGGUCUCCAUCAUUGCCUCUGAUUAUAUCUACAGCUCAGGUGUCAGAAAGUCAAAGACAGGUCUGUGUAGAAUCCGAGAACCCAGUGCAAGCUCUUCAGUCAGAUCAAGAUGAGUCGGUGAGAGGAAAAAACAUGUUCCUGCACCCUCCAUUUGGACACAAUCAAUUUUUAGGAGCUGUUCCAAUAGCACCUCCUUUUUUCCCUCACUUUUGGUAUGGGUGCCCAUUUCAGGGUUUUAUGGAAAAUUCAGUAGUGAGACCUAAUGUUAUGUCACCUGAGGACAAAGGGGCAGCUGUUAGCCCCUUAGCAAAUAUAUAUCUGGCUGAAGAAUGCAAUUCUCCAGUUCCAGUAACAAGUUGUGUGGAGCAUCUUCGGAAGGUAGUGAGUGAAAGUAGCUCCAGUGCCAUACCUCUCCCUGUGGCCAGUUUGAGCAGCGAAUCUGAUGUCCUGGAUGAAACCUCAGCCAGGAUGCCGAAGAUGGAGCAAAUAUGUACUGCUGUUUCUCCUGCUAAACAAGUGAAGGCUGCACUACAGAAUCGUUCUACACAGAUGCAGGGGAUUGAGAGGCAGACAGUGGUGUCACAUGCUUCACCAUCAGUAACAGAGCCACCAAAAAAUGAAAUGAAAAGUAAUACUCCCAGUCAUAAGGAAAAGCCAGAGAAAGCCAGAGAUGCCAAGGCUACUGAUAAUUUACAGGCCAACUUGGUAGAAAGCAGGACACACAGAACAAGGGAAGAGAGCUCUGAAGAUGAAAAUGAGGUGUCUGAUAUGCUGAGAAGUGGUAGAUCCAAGCAAUUUUAUAAUCAGACUUAUGGCAGUGGCAGAAGGCCAAGAAAUGAAUGGGGCUACCCUUCUAGUCGGGGAGGAUACCAGUACCCAAGAAAUGAAGAAGCCUGGAAAGGACCACCGAACAGAAGCAGAGAUGAAGGUUACCAAUAUCACCGAAAUUUUAGAGGGAGGCCAUAUAGAAAUGAUAGAAGAAGGGCAAUCAUGGGAGAUAAUCAGAGGGGGCAUCUAGCAUAGGCAUGUCUUAUUGGAAAGUUUCAAAUGCCAAUACAGAUUUCAAGGAGAGACUUCUAAAAUCUUCCCAGUUUUUUUUGUUUUGUUUUAAGAUAGGGUACACUUGUAACCUCAAAGUAAGGCCUAGGGGGAAACGAACUCCUAGUCCUAGCAUUAAGUUUCUUGGCAAUUAAAUAUUAAGUUUUUUGGUUGAGGAAUUUUUUCCAAUUUCUGGAAGUAGAAAAUUAAAAUUAUUUUAAAGUAUAAAAACAAUACAGUUCAAUAUUGAACUUUUUUCCAUAGAGGUUUGAGUUUGUGAUACAAUAAAAUGUUUACUGGAAUGAUACAAAUAUAGUAUUUGACAUGAUUUAGGUUCUAAAACUGAUGGUAGUGUUGCACCAAAUAUAAAUGUAUAUUUUAUCAUACAAUGCCUUAGUUCUAAACUGAGCUAAAGGAAUUUUCAGCCUACUGCACUGUUGUCUUUGAUAUGCUUCCAACCCAAAGGCCUUUCAUCUCAAAAUCUGUCAAACUUGAAUGUUUCUCUUUAGUAUGUUACAUCUAUGGCAGUCAGCUAAUUGUGUCUUAGAUAUGUUGUAUAUAGUUCUUUUAAUAUUCAUAGGGUAUAUUUUUGAAUUUUAAAAAGCAUUUGUUGAAAUCAAAAUUGAGACAAGCAGUCAAGAAUAGCUGUGUGUGCAUUGAUAGAAAAUUCAGUGGAAUGGCUGUUUCCACCAAGAAUUCUUAACACUGGUGUGACUAUAAUGGUGCCUAUGCCAAUUAAAUAUUUACAAAGACAAUAAAAAAUGUAGAUGCUAUGCAUUUCCAAAAUAUUCUGCAUCUGUUAUAAUAGCAGAAGUUUUUUAAUGCCACUUUAACACUAAUGCACUGACAAAUCCUAAAUAUUUUGUGAGCAGAAAUGCAUAAAAUACAAGUUACAUUUUUUUUUUAAGUUUGUAUGAUGAGCUACUGUUGAGCUUUUUUUGUUGUUGCACUGUUGAUGCAAAUUGGUUACGCUUUUGCAUGUACAAUUCAUUGCUGGAACUCCUUUUUAAAAACAAGAUGUGGUUUUCAAAAUAUAUUCUCUAGAAUUCAGAAGAAAGCGGCUUCUGCCUUAUAUUUUUACACUGUGUGUCAGAGUUCUGAUUGCUGUUUCUUCUGACUCUUAAAGAUGAUCUCUGCAGUGUUCCUGAUUAUUGCCUUUGCAGUUGGGAUAUUCAGCUAUCCAAACUCGAGAGUGCAGUGUGCACACUAUUCACUCAGCUCUGUUGCUUUGUAAAAUUAACGGUUGUGUAUAUUUUUAUAUCUCUGUAUAUACCAGUGUAAAAGGUGAUGGUGCCCUUUUAUUCAUGUCUAUGAGAUUGUAUACCUUUGAUCAGGAAACUUGAGUGAUACUGUUAUAUAUAUGACUAAGCAAUUCUUUUCAGAUGCAUGCCAUGUAUAAAACACCUAAUUAAAAAUAAAUGUUUGUCCUUUCA